GACUUUUGCAUUUAACCAUUUAACAUGUUCUUGGAGUCCACUUCGAACAAUUAGAUAAGGUUUAGAUCUAUACAAGAUCUAUACAAGAUCUAGACAAGAUCUAGACAAGAUCUAUACAAGACCUAUACAAGAUCUAUACAAGAUCUAUACAAGAUCUAUACAAGAUCUAGACAAGAUCUAGCCAAGAAGAUCUAGACAAUAUCUAGCCAAGAUCUAGACAAGAUCUAGCCAAGAUCUAGACAAGAUCUAGACAAGAUCUAUAAAAGAACUAUUCAAGAUCUAUACAAGAACUAUUCAAGAUCUAUGCAAGAUCUAUACAAGAUCUAUAUACAAGAUCUAUACAAGACCUAUACAAGAUCUAUACAAGAUCUAUACAAGAUCUAGACAAGAUCUAGCCAAGAUCUAGACAAGAUCUAGCCAAGAUCUAGACAAGAUCUAGACAAGAUCUAGACAAGAUCUAGACAAGAUCUAUAAAAGAACUGUUUAAGAUCUAGACAAGAUCUAUAAAAGAACUAUUCAAGAUCUAUGCAAGAUCUAGACAAGAUAUUGACAAGAUGAUUCUCAGUUAUUAUUCUCUACAGUCUUCAAUCACCAGUAUUAUUGUCAGCUGUCUCAUAAUUAUUUCAUUAGGUACAAUUUACAAUUCAAACAGAUCUAAAUGCUGUCAGCCUAAUUGUGCAUCUCAUCAGCUUCUUUGCUCCGCCCCAAUUACACCUGUCUCCUCCUUAGUUCCUCUUCCGGCGGAGUGGGUUGACAAGAGAUUGGAUGAGGUUGAAAAAAGCUGGGCGGAUAGGUUGGGACCAGGCGGAGUUUAUACUCCUACACAUUGUUCACCUACAUCUAGGAUAGCAAUACUUAUACCAUACAGAAAUCGUACCAGUCAUCUUGCUCAUUUUCUAGAUAUUAUGCAUCCUUUUCUACAGAGACAGAACUUGCAGUACGUUGUUGUUGUCGUCAAUCAAACAGGAAAUGCGCCAUUUAUGCGCGGAUUGUUAUUCAAUGCUGGAUACAAAGAGAGCCUGGACCAUUUAAGUUUUAAACCUGACUGUAUUAUCCUUCAUGAUGUUGAUCAUCUACCAGAACGAGAAGGAAUGGUUUAUUACUGCUCGCAACACGGUGUCACGCAUCUAUCCCACGCUGUUGACAGAUUUGAUUACAAUCUGUUCAUGACAGAGUACACAGGAGGAGUAUCCGGUAUGACCCGACUCCAGUAUGAGAGUAUAAACGGUUUCUCCAACAUGUAUCUGGGAUGGGGGUGCGAGGAUGAGGAUUUGUAUAUUAGGAUCAAGAACCAAGAUCUUACUCUGAUUAGAAUUCCGACUGAACUAUCCCGAUAUACAACUAUGCCUCAUGUACCAAACUAUCCAAACUGGUUUUGGGAUCAGACUAUUUCUGGUUUGGACCGGAAAAGAUAUCCCAACCUUCAGGAGAUUGUGGAUACUGAUGGAGCUAACACAGAUAGGUACGAUUACAACAAAUACCUGCAGGCUGCAGCACCAGAUAGAAUAGAUGAAGAGGGAUUGAAUAACGUCAGGAACUUUUACACCCAGGAGGGGGUUAUUUUUCACAAUAGUUUUACAGAAAUACAGAUUUCGCCAGCUCUGGAUAAAAUCCAUGCCUCUGGUCUUCAUUAUAUUGCGGAGUACGAAGCAAAACUUGAUAAAGAACUAAAAGAAGAAGAAGAAAAAGUUUCCUAGACUGCCUAGAGCUAUUAUCUAGAGAACUGGGGGUUAUAAAGAACUGGGGAUUAUAAAAAACUGGGGAUUAUAAAGAACUGGGGGUUAUAAAAAACUGGGGGUUAUAAAGAACUGGGGAUUAUAAAAAACUGGGGAUUAUAAAGAACUGGGGAUUAUAAAGAACUGGGGGUUAUAAAGAACGGGGGGUUAUAAAGAACUGGGGGUUUAAAGAACUGGGGGUUAUAAAGAACGGGGGGUUAUAAAGAACUGAGGGUUAUAAAGAACUGGGGGUUAUGAAGAAAGAUUAAAUUUGAAGCUUGUUUGGUGUAGCAAAAUGUGAUAUAAUAUUUAUGUAAACAUUUCUCCAUAUUUUUUCAGCUAGCAAUAAUUAUUUUUCCAAUAGCCAAA